AUGGCAGAGGCCAGUAUUUCAGAGUUUCAGGACCAGUUCAUGUGUCCAGUCUGUCUGGAUCUCCUUAAGGAUCCUGUGACUAUUCCCUGUGGACACAAUUACUGUAUGGGCUGUAUUAAGGGCUGCUGGGAUCAGGAUGAUCAGAAGGGAGUCUACAGCUGCCCGCAGUGUAGACAGACCUUCACACCAAGACCAAUUCUGGGUAAAAACACUAUGCUGGCUGAAGUUGUGGAGAAACUGAAGAAGACGAGACUCCAAGCUGCUGCUCCUCCUGCUCACUGUUAUGCUGGACCUGGAGAUGUGGAGUGUGGUGUUUGUACUGGGAGAAAAUUCAAAGCCAUCAAAUCCUGUCUGGUGUGUCUGGAUUCCUACUGUCAAACUCACUUUGAACGUCAUGAAGAACUUCACUCAGGAAAGAGACACAAAGUGACUGAUGCCACUGGGAAACUACAAGACCAGAUUUGCCCUCAUCAUAACAAACUGAUAGAACUUUGGUGUCGAACCGACCAACAGUUCAUGUGUUAUCUGUGUCUGGUGGAUGAACACAGAGACCAUAAAACAGUAUCAGUGGCAGCAGAGAGGACUGAAAGACAGAAACAGUUGGGAGAAAGUCAGAGGAAAACCCAGCAGAGAAUCCAGGAGAGAGAGAGGGAGGUGCAGGAGCUGAGACAGGCUGUGGAGUCUCUGAGGCGCUCUGCACAGGCAGCAGUGGAGGACAGUGAGAGGAUCUUUACUGAGCUGAUCCGCUCCAUUGAGAGAAGGUGUCGUGAGGUGACAGAGCUGAUCAGAGAUCAGGAGGAGAGUGAAUUGAGUCGGGCUGAAGGAGUCCUGGAGCAACUGGAGCAGGAGAUUUCUGAUCUGAGGAGGCGAGACACUGAGCUGGAGCAGCUUUCACACACAGAGGAUCACAUCCAUUUCCUCCAGAGUUUCUCUUCUCUCUGUUCCCCUCCUGGACCUGAAGACUCACUCAGCAUCACUGUCAGUCCAUACCUCUCUUUUGAGGAUGUAGGAAAAUCUGUCUCUCAGCUGAAAGAGCAACUGGAGAAUUUCUGGAAGAAGGAGUUUGGAAGACUUUCCAGUAAAGUGAGACACUCUGACAUCAUUCCUCUCCCUGAACCCAAAACCAGAGAUGAGUUCUUACAAUAUUCCUGUGAUCUCACACUGGAUCCCAACACAGCACAUAAACUCCUCUGUCUGUCUGAGGGGAACAGAGUGGUGACAUGCAGUAAGACAGUCCGGUCAUAUCCUGAUCAUCCAGAGAGAUUUAAUGGAUUGUGUCAGGUGUUGUGUAGAGAGAGUGUGUCUGAACGCUGUUACUGGGAGACUGAGUGGAGUGAGAAUAGUGAGGUUUCUUUAUCAGUGUCAUAUAAAGACAUCAGGAGGAAAGGAGGGGGUUAUGAGUGUGUGUUUGGAUUUAAUGAUCAGUCCUGGAGUUUGUACUGUUCUCCCUCUAAUUACUUAUUCAGACACAAUAAGAAAGUGACUAAACUCUCCAUAGUCCCCAGUUCCUCCAGAAUAGGAGUGUAUGUGGACCACAGGGCAGGAACUCUGUCCUUCUACAGCGUCUCUGACACAAUGACCCUCCUCCACAGAGUCCACACCACAUUCACUCAGCCCCUCUAUCCUGGGUUUUGGGUCGGCAGAAACAUUUUUACUGGGUUAGGGUCAGUAGUGAGGUUGUUUUCUGAGAGUGCGAUCAUUAAAAUGGCAGAGGCCAGUAUUUCAGUAGGUCAGGACCAGUUCAUGUGUCCAGUCUGUCUGGAUCUCCUUAAGGAUCCUGUGACUAUUCCCUGUGGACACAGUUACUGUAUGGGCUGUAUUAAGGGCUGCUGGGAUCAGGAUGAUCAGAAGGGAGUCUACAUCUGCCCCCAGUGCAGACAGACCGUCACACCAAGACCGGUUCUAUAUAAAAACACUAUGCUGGCUGAAGUGGUGGAGAAACUGAAGAAGAUGAGACUCCAAGCUGCUGCUCCUCCUGCUCACUGUUAUGCUGGACCUGGAGAUGUGGAGUGUGGUGUUUGUACUGGGACAAAACUCAAAGCCAUCAAGUCCUGUCUGGUGUGUCUGGAUUCCUACUGUCAAACUCACUUUGAACGUCAUGAAGAACUGUUCAAAGGGAAGAGACACAAUGUGACUGACGCCACUGGAAAACUACAAGACCAGAUUUGCCCUCAUCAUAAUGAACUGAUAAAGCUUUGGUGUCGAACCGACCAACAGUUCAUGUGUUAUCUGUGUAUGGUGGAUGAACACAGAGACCAUAAAACAGUAUCAGUGGCAGCAGAGAGGACUGAAAGACAGAAGCAGUUGGGAGAAAGUCAGAGGAAAACCCAGGAGAGAAUCCAGGAGAGAGAGAGGGAGGUGCAGGAGCUGAGACAGGCUGUGGAGUCUCUGAGGCGCUCUGCACAGGCAGCAGUGGAGGACAGUGAGAGGAUCUUUACUGAGCUGAUCCGCUCCAUUGAGAGAAGGCGCCGUGAGGUGACAGAGCUGAUCAGAGAUCAGGAGAAGAGUGAAUUGAGUUGGGUUGAAGGAGUCCUGGAGCAACUGGAGCAGGAGAUUUCUGAUCUGAGGAGGAGAGACACUGAGCUGGAGCAGCUUUCACACACAGAGGAUCACAUCCAUUUCCUCCAGGUAACAGUGGAGGACAAAGUGAUCUCCAAUAUAACAGUAACUGACUUCUCCUCAAGUUUAUUUUCUCUCUGUUCCCCUUCUGGAUCUGAAGACUUACCCAGCAUCACUGUCAGUCCACACCUCUCUUUUGAGCAUGUAGGAAAAUCUGUCUCUCAGCUGAAAGAGCGACUAGAGGACUUCUGUGAGGAGGAGUUUGGAAGACUUUCCAGUAAAGUGACAAACUCUGACAUCAUUCCUCUCCCUGAACCCAAAACCAGAGAGCAGUUCUCACAAUAUUCCUGUGAUCUCACACUGGAUCCCAACACAGCACAUAAACACCUCUGUCUGUCUGAGGGGAACAGAGUGGUGACAUGGAGUUACACAGUCCAGUCAUAUCCUGAUCAUCCAGAGAGAUUUGAUGAGUGGUGUCAGGUGUUGUGUAGAGAGAGUGUGUCUGCAUGCUGUUACUGGGAGACUGAGUGGAGUGGACAAUUUGGGGUUUAUAUAUCAGUGUCAUAUAAAGACAUCAGGAGGAAAGGACAGGGUUAUGAGUGUAAGUUUGGAUUUAAUGAUCAGUCCUGGAGUCUGUUCUGUUCUCACUCUAAUUACUCAUUCAGACACAAUAAUAAAGAGACUCAACUCCCCAUAGUUCCCAGUUCCUCCAGAAUAGGAGUGUAUGUGGACCACAGGGCAGGAACUCUGUCCUUCUACAACAUCUCUGACACAAUGACCCUCCUCCACAGAGUCCACACCACAUUCACUCAGCCCCUCUAUCCUGGGUUUACUGUCUGUGGUGGGUCAACAGUGAGGUUAUGCCACCAUUCAAAAUGA